UCUGCCUAGCGGACGGGUGUGUCUGCAUUCGAUAAAUCAAAAUACCACAUAUGUGUCAAAUUAAACGAUAUCGUUGAAAAAAAAGUGACAUGUGCUCCGAGGUGACGUAAACACGGGUUGUAAAGUCGGCUUUUUGUAGAAUAUUAGUGUUAUUUUCAUACGAGACGCGUAUUUACUUAGAAUUUUGUGUAGUCGGCAGUAUCGUUUGUGAUUGUGGUUCGCUGACAUUCCAGGUGACUCGGGUUCACCAUAAAUGAUACCUAUUUGCUUACGAGUCUGAGAUUUAGAUAGUGUUGUGUCCUAAAUAUUCAGGAUGGUUUAAUUCACGAUGGACCGAGUGAGUGGCGUGUGUAGAUUUGGAGGAGUAGUAUCAGCUGUGAGAACUCGAACUGGUCGUAGUCGAAGGCGAUUGACCGGCCCUUCUCUGGCUGCGGAACAGUUGCCUGAGGCACCACGCAGAGGUCUUGGGGCUGUCCUAGUCCUCGCUUGUAUAGUCGUUUACCACAACUGCCUUUACUGUGGCUUCGUAUUUGAUGAUAUCAGUGCCAUAAAAGAGAACAGAGAUCUAAGACCGCAGACACCAAUAUCGAAUAUCUUCCUCAACGACUUUUGGGGAACUCCUAUACAUAAGGAGCAAUCGCACAAAUCGUACCGUCCGCUGACGGUGCUGACGUUCAGAUGGAACUACGCGGUGCACGGGCUACAGCCAGCGGGUUAUCACCUGGUGAAUUUACUGCUACACGCCCUCGUCUCAUUACUGUACUACAGGGUUUGCGCGAUGUUCCUGCCGGAAUUCGCAAGUUUCGUGGCGGCCAUCUUAUUUGCUGUCCACCCCAUACACAGCGAGGCGGUGACAGGAGUGGUGGGCCGCGCUGAGAUGCUGUCGUCGGUGUUUUUCCUGGGUGCCCUGCUUUGCUAUGCGCGUGCCGCCAGUAGGAGGCGAUACACAGACUGGCGCUACGUGGUUGCUUGUACAGCCUGUGUCGGCAUCGCAAUGCUGUGCAAAGAGCAAGGGAUCACCGUCACUGCUGUGUGUGUCGUCUACGAACUCUUCGUCGCACAAAAGCGCAAGGGCAGUAACAACGGAAGAUCAUGGUUCGAAUAUUGGGGCAAAGGUGGGUGGGGCUGCGCGUGUGGGGAGGCGGCUCGUCGCGUGGCAACGGUAUGCUGUGCCACGUUGGCGUUGCUGGCCGCAAGGCUACACGUCAUGGGCGCUCAGCUACCUGUGUUCACACGGUUUGACAACCCUGCUGGAGCCGCAGCGCCUCCAGCCAGACAUUUAACAUUUGCCUACCUACCCGCACUGAAUGCCUGGCUGCUGACACUACCAGAGGCGCUGUGCUGUGAUUGGACAAUGGGCACGGUAGCUCUGCUGCGCUCGUGGCGGGACCCGAGGAACCUAGCUACCAUUGCCCUGGCCACGGUAUUGAUAGCAGCAGCCGUUCAUGCCUUGAGAACUCGCUCAUCAGCUUUAUCAAUGGGGCUGGCACUACUGGUACUUCCAUUUCUUCCCGCCUCCAACUUAUUCUUCCCCGUGGGCUUCGUGGUUGCUGAAAGGGUUCUGUACAUGCCCUCUAUGGGUUGGUGCCUCUUGGUUGCGCACGGGUGGAGGUUGGUCGCCAAGAAACGGGCGAAGCUUGCGGCCGCUGCACUGAUAUUCCUUCUGUUAGCGUUUAGUGCUAAAACCUACGUCAGGAACUGGGAUUGGAAGACUGAAUACUCUAUUUUUGCUUCUGGACUUAAGGUCAACAAAAACAACGCAAAACUGUACAACAACGUCGGCCACGCCUUAGAAGCCGAUGGUAAAUACGAGGAGGCGCUAGAAUUCUUUAAAACAGCCGUUAGCGUUCAGCCCGACGACGUGGGCGCUCACAUAAACGUGGGCAGAACAUUCAACCACCUCGGACAGUAUCAAGAUGCCGAAGACGCUUACGUAAAAGCGAAAUCUUUACUUCCGAAAGCAAAACCAGGAGAAUCCUACCAAGCUAGAAUAGCUCCAAACCACUUAAACGUAUUCCUCAACCUAGCUAAUUUGAUAUCAAAAAAUGCUACGCGUUUAGAAGAAGCAGAUAUGCUGUACAGGCAAGCGAUAAGCAUGAGAGCUGAUUAUACGCAAGCGUAUAUAAAUAGGGGGGAUAUUCUGAUCAAAUUGAACAGGACAAAGGAAGCUCAGGAGGUUUAUGAAAGAGCUUUGUUGUACGAUAGCGGGAAUCCCGAUAUAUACUAUAAUUUAGGUGUGGUUCUAUUAGAGCAAGGUAAAGCGUCUCAAGCUCUCGCAUAUUUGGACAAAGCACUAGAGUUGGAACCAGAACACGAGCAAGCAUUGUUGAAUUCUGCCAUACUACUACAGGAGUUGGGGGCAGCGGAUUUAAGACACAUCGCAAGACAGCGGCUUCUGAAACUAUUGGACAAAGAUGCAACAAACGAACGCGUCCACUUCAACUUAGGCAUGGUAUGCAUGGAUGAAGGCGAUGCAGAAUGCGCCGAGAAAUGGUUCCGGGCAGCUGUCCACCUCAAACCCGACUUCAGAUCCGCACUCUUCAACCUGGCCUUACUGCUGGCUGACAGGCGAAGACCUCUGGAAGCUGCGCCGUUCCUCAAGCAGUUGGUGAGGCACCAUCCCGAUCAUGUGAAGGCAUUGGUGCUCUUGGGCGAUAUAUACAUCAACUCGGUUAAAGAUUUGGAUGCAGCUGAGAGCUGUUAUCGUCGGAUCCUCGAGCUGGAAUCAGACAAUGUACAAGCAUUACAUAACCUAUGCGUCGUGGCAGUGGAACGGGGAAAUCUCGCCGUGGCCGAAGAAUGCCUAACCCGGGCCGCUACACUAGCGCCACACGAACAUUAUAUCCAACGCCAUCUUGCGGUGGUUAGAGCGAGACGCGCUGCAGCCAUCUCCCCUACUCCACCAACAAAAGCCCCAGCACUUAGCGCUACCACAGAGGUGCGAGCGAGAUGGAACUACAUACCGCAACAACCCCCCGACCCCCAUGAAACAGACCCCUCGUAGCGAUACUAUGCCAACUGAAUUGUGUAAAUACGUUUAGAUAAAACACCAAAAGAAUCUCGGUCGUUUAUUUUUAAAUAAACGUUUUUAUAUGUUUUGCGUUUGAUUUCGAACGAUCAGGGUAUGUCUUGCUUUGUGCCGUCUGUCGAUUGUCAUGCUUUUUUUUAUUAUUGACUGUAAAGGUUAACGCGCAAGGGUAAAUGAUAGUAAAGCUUAAUUUUAAUUUGACAGCAAACAAUUACCUUUGCGUCAAACCUUAGAAGUAUAAUUUUGAAUUACAAAAAAAAAACAUUAUGUGCGAAAUAGAUUUUUUUAGGAUCUCUUUAUUUGUAUAAGCUUUUUUUUUAAUCUUUCGUGAUAUUAGUUUACGCCAUUUAAUCUAAUGAAUUAUGUACGAUAUUGUAUAAUGUGUAGAGACAUGUUGGAACGAGCUUUCGUCAUUAGCCAGGUAUACGGAUACUCUUUGUGUGUAAUAAAAGUGAAAUAGAAUAAUAGAAAAGACUUGAAAAUUAUUUUUAAAGCAUUUGUUUCUUGUGCCGAUCGUUUCCAUCAAAAAUCUACUACCGGUUGGUCUUCAUACAUACCUGGUGCUGAUUAAAUACACAAAUUUCUAGAUAAACAGUUCUAAAAGAAAUGCCAUCCUUUUCACUACGUGUGUACAAAACACAGUGAAAAGGAUGGCAGGUAGUUGUUGUGUACAGUUAGAGUACAGUUGGCAGCCCUACAAAAACGAAACUACAGCAGUGUGUCCAGUAGUGAUUAUAGGUCGGUGCUGCAAUCACAGCUAAUGUAGCGUAGAUACAUAUUAAGCCUUCCCAAACCAUUUCGACUCUACGAUAAUUUAACUCAAUUCAAAACAUUGGAAUGUGAACUUUAUAUCAAGCAGUAUAAAGAAAAUUACUCAAUAUUUUUGCCAGUUGUUCCACGAGUGGGCGACCCGUUGCCCAUCAUGAUCAAGGGAUAUAAAUAUAACAUUUCAAUGCUUUAAUUGCAUUGGAGUAAAUUAUCAACCUAAUCCUUUGAUCAAAUAAUAAAGUUAGAAGAGGGAUGGGAAGUUUCAAGAGGGGUAACAGCAUAAGUCAUCAGUUUUUUUGCUAGAAAACUAACCUGAGGGCACAGUAUUUUCCAAAUAUCGGGAAAGUGGAUUUUUGGGAUUGUGAAACUUAUUAUUUGAUUCAAGAGAUUUUAAUUUUGCUGAUAUCUAUAUAUGCGACUAGAAAUUCCCAAGCAUCUUUUAGGCGUUGGGAUUUUAUUAGAUAUGAAUAUACCGCGUCAAACCCCAUGAAAAAUAACGGUUAUUAUAAAAACUUUUCUAGUGUACUUACCUACCUGUUCAAUAUUUUCGUGGAUAAAAUUAUGAUUAAAAGAGAUUAGUUAGUGCAAAAUAAACAACUUUAGGAAACCUUCCAUAUUAAACGCCUAGAAAUUUCAGAUAAAGUAAAUACGACACCUCAAAAGUACUAACACUAAUUCUUUCCUAAGGCAUAAUUUACAGAAGUGAGAUAUAUUUUUUUUUAAAUUGGACAUAUAAAUACAGGUCUACAUUAAGAAGUGUCUAGCUUUUAGUUUUUAGUUACGUGAAUAGUAUCCGAUUCAAAUUUAAAAAAAUACUACGUAACAAACUUAUCUACCACAGCAUUUCUUUAGACUAAGCUACCUCUCAAUGUAAAGUCCUGAUAUUGAAAUCUUAGCUUUGAUAUUGUGAUGUUUCGGGCACCUGGCACUGCCUGUCCAGCAAAAAUUAGGGAAACUGUCUCGCUGGAAUAUUAUGGACUACAUUGGGCUUUUACCCUGAAAAUCAUUCGAUCAAUCAUCGAUCAUUAUUAAAGUCCCUCCUAUAAACUAACGUCAUGCGCAUCCAGCUAAAAUAAUCAAGUUCAGAAACAAUACUCAGUUUUUAAUUUAUUUUCAUCCUGGGCGUUUAAAUCCUUCAAGGCUUAAAUCCUUCGUAUUUGAAUAGAAUUAAAGCAAGAUGCAACUAAUUUUGUAAGAAUUUUAUUUCAGACAAUAACAAUAAAACAGCAUUAGAAACCCGACAAGGCGCAAUACUUUGUUUUAAGGCCUAUGAAAUUUUAGGAAAAAUAAGUACUGUACUACCUAAUUACCUAACUUAGACGGUUAUUUUCUUAAAUGCCAAUGUUAUUAUGUAAAAUAAAAAGUGAUCGACCGUUAUUAGAAUAAUUACCAUGUAGAUGUGAAAAUGUAACGUUGUUAAUGUUUUAAGAUAAAAAAUAACUUUUGUAAAAACAGAAAUUUUUUACAAUGUCUUGAAACAUUUCUGAUGGAAACUCCCGCGGGAGUAAUUUCGUAAGGACCCCGAAUAUUAUAAACUAUUUGUCGUCAAAACAUUUAUUUUUAUAAAAUAAAUGAUGUUUCA